AUGUCCGUGACUACUACCCCCUCCAAGAAGGUUGCAGAGAGCUUUUCAAAGAUUGAUGUGGAUGCGAGCCCUACGAAGGCUAUCGCAGCCAAGCUCGCUGCAAAAGAAGGGGCAAAGCCCGCGCAGGCCGACUCGCAAGACGCGGAUCCUGGCCACAUUUACGGCAAGUUUGUCGGCGAGGUCGACCUCCCUGAGGAAGAAGAGCCGCUGCUCAUUGAGAACACACGCCGUUUUGUGCUUUUCCCCAUCCGCUACCACGAGAUCUGGCAAAUGUACAAGAAGGCAGAAGCGUCUUUCUGGACUGCCGAAGAGAUUGACCUGUCCAAGGAUUUGCACGACUGGGACAACCGCAUGAAUGACAGCGAGCGUCACUUUGUUAGCCACGUUCUUGCAUUCUUUGCCGCGUCGGACGGGAUCGUGAAUGAGAACUUGUUGGAGCGUUUCAGUGGCGAGGUGCAAGUCGCCGAGGCACGCUGCUUUUACGGGUUCCAGAUCAUGAUGGAGAACAUCCACUCGGAGACCUACUCGCUCCUCAUCGACACCUACAUCCGUGAGCCGAAACAGCGCGAGUUUUUGUUCAAUGCCAUCGAAACGAUUCCGGUGGUAAAGCGAAAGGCUGACUGGGCGCUGCGCUGGAUCAAUGACCAACGCGCAUCGUUCUCGGAGCGGCUCAUUGCAUUUGCAGCAGUCGAGGGCAUUUUCUUCUCUGGCUCGUUUGCCUCGAUCUUUUGGCUCAAGAAGCGCGGGCUCAUGCCGGGCCUGUCUUUUUCCAACGAGCUCAUCUCGCGCGACGAAGGACUGCACACCGACUUUGCCUGCCUCCUCUUUGGCCAUCUCCGCAAGCGCGCACACCCAGACACGGUCAAUCGCAUCAUUACCGAGGCCGUCACGAUCGAGCAGAGCUUUUUGACCGAUGCACUUCCCGUCUCGCUCAUUGGCAUGAAUGCGCGCCUCAUGUGCCAGUAUAUUGAAUUCGUUGCGGACCGUCUCUUGGUCGCGCUCGGGAACGAGAAGCACUACAACGUAACGAACCCAUUCGACUUUAUGGAAAACAUUUCGCUCCAGGGCAAGGCCAACUUUUUCGAGCGCAGGGUGGCGGACUAUGCCAAGGCUGGCGUUUCGCGCCCCGACGACGAGGAGCCGACCAAGUCCAGUGGCAACCACGCCUUUAGUCUCGAAGAAGACUUUUAA